AUACAUUUGUCCACUUGUCCAAAAAAUGCUAAUGCUAAGAGUGCUAUUUGUGGUUAUUAUACUUAUAAUCGGAAAUUUGCUUGGAGAUUGUGCUGUCAUAGAUCAUAAAUUUCAUUCAUCAGAUGAUGAUUCACUCAUUGAAUCGCAAUCAAUGGCGCGCAUAGUAAAUCGCAUAAGUCACAAGGAAAGUAACCAGUUUGACUUGCCACCAUCAACCUAUGUAGGUGACAUUACACGAACUUCCUCUGUUGAUCCGGGAAACCCUUGUCUACAUGCGUCAUCUGAUAUACCUCAGAUUAAUGCUGCUCAAGAACCAAAGAUUAAUGGAAACCCAUCAGUUACCCAAACACAGUUCAGUUCCCAUGUAAACACUCAUUCAACAUAUUCCACGGAUUUUCAAUUGCAAAUACAGAAUACACGACCAGUUCAGCACAUUCAUUACCAUUACCUUGUACCGAAUACUUCUCCGAAGCCACAAAUAAAUUAUGUAUCCCAAUCCCAGACCAACGCCUAUAAUGUUAAUUCAGAAAACAAACAUUCAUCCGUUGACUUGCAACCAUCGAAUUUCAAUGGAAAUAAUCUCCAGUCUGCCCAUCGAGAAGUAAACCAAGUCAACCCUCUGUACUCAGCUGUGGGCAAUGGUGAAUAUCUUUACGAUUCCGCGGACGAGCACCAGGGUCAAGCAUCUGAGAAUACUUCGGUUUACCAAUUGAGAGAUCCGGGAUUCGAGAUAACGCCAGAAGAAAAUCCAAUACAAGCGGCUACAGUUAAAACAAAUAUGGAAAUGAUUACAAGGGAACCAGUUCCAAGCCAGCAAGUGGAUGCAGUCAGCCCAAAUCCACCGGAAGUGUACUUUAUUAAAUAUUAUGGCAAUGCAAAUAACAAAACUACAAUUUCACCUGAUACACAGAAACCUAAAGAUUCUUCAAAUGAGAUUACGGAUGGCAGUGGCUUAAUAGACAUAAGAUCGGGCAUUGAAGAAAUACUUCUGGAUAGUCAAGUUAAGGAUAGCAAUCCUAAUAAUGAACACUCCGCCUACAAUGUCCCAUUAAAUUAG